AGAGAGAGAGACUGAAACAGAGAAACAGAGAGAGAGAGAGAGAGAGACUGUAGCCAACAUUACAGAAGAUAUGUGUGACGUCUUUUUUUAAUCAUACAUCCAAAAAGGAAGUGUUGUGUUUCAGAUAGCUUAAACACACACACACAGCAGCUGCUACUUCUCCUGGCUCUCUGUACCCUCAGACAGUCUGUUGUUGACCUCUCAGUGAGCAUGUCGGGUAGUGUUAGUGUUUGGAGGGUAGUGAGCUGGAUGGUGCUGGGCAUGGUUCUGGGGCUCAGUGGUGGGGGCUCAGCCCUGAAGAUCUGCACCUUCAACAUCCAGUCCUUUGGAGAGAAGAAAAUAGAGAAGCCAGAGGUGGUUGAUGUCAUAUUGGCUCUGAUCGCUCGCUGUGACAUCAUGCUGGUGAUGGAGAUUAAAGAUCUCAGUGCGAAGGCUUUCCCUCAGCUCAUGACUCAACUCAACAGUGACUACAGCUCCAGGAAGAAUGAGUAUAACUAUGUGAUCAGUGACAGACUGGGACGUAAGUCCUACAAGGAGCAGUACGCCUUUAUCUACAGACAGAGGCUGGUGUCAGUGAAGGAAGUGUACCAGUACCCUGACACCCAACCUGGAGAUGAGGAUGCCUUCUCCAGGGAACCUUUCAUCGUCUGGUUCUCUUCCCCCAAAACAGCCGUCCAGGACUUUGUGAUCAUCCCGAUCCACACCACUCCAGAGACGUCCGUCAGGGAGAUAAAUGAACUGUAUGAUGUGUUCCAAGAUGUCAAGCAACGAUGGACCUCAAAGAAUGUGAUCAUCAUGGGCGACUUCAAUGCGGCCUGCGGCUACGUACCCAAGAAGCAGUGGAGCAGCAUCCGCCUGCGGUCUGACAGCAGCUUCCUGUGGCUGACGGGUGACACCAUCGACACCACCGUCAAGGAGUCCACAGACUGUGCCUAUGACAGGGUUGUCCUCCACGGGGACAAGAUGAUCCAGGCAGUCAACCCAACCUCUCUGGAUGUGUUUGACUUCAGACGGGCCUACGGACUAACCGAGCUACAGGCCCUGGCGGUGAGUGACCACUACCCAGUGUGCAUCACUGUGAAGGCCGCUCCGAGGAAUAAGGGUUAACGUCUUGUCCUCGUAACGGUACCGUCCUGAGGACGUCUCGGUGUCCCUCGGGUGGUCUGUGUGCGUCCUGCAGUGUUUGCUUUGCUCCAGUCCAGAGCUAAUUAAUCCCAGAAGCAUGGUCACUGAGCUGCACUCUGUGCUUCAAGAUUAUUAUACUUUUGUGUUUUAUAUUCGUUUUUAUUUCUAUUAGUAUUUUUUUGUUGUUGUUGACUUAAUCUAGUAGUUUUUAUUCUAUUUGAGUUUUCUAAAAACAUUUCUAUUUGGUUUUUGAUAUUAUUUAGUUUUAGUGUUAGCCUGGGUGGCUAAUAGCUAGGAGGCAUGUAUGUGUUGUAGGUUGUAUUUCUAGUUGUCUCAGACCUAGAUUAUAGAUUAUUACAGAUUGCAUUACAGAUUAGACAGACCUAGACCCAGAGAAACAGGCCUAUUGAAACAUCUCCUGACAGCAUUUACCUGACAGAUUCAAAAGCUUGAAAAACCCAUUAGAAAAAAAAUCUAAAACUAAACAUAGUGGGUUUUUCAUGUAGUUUAGUUUUGGAAUCAAAAAUAAUAGUUUCAGUACAGUUUUAGUUUUUAAAGUGGGUUUCUUAAUUAUAUAUAUAUAUUUUUUUAAUAAAUAUUUUUUUCAUGAUUAGUUUUAGUUUCCUAUAAUAACGUUGGCGUACUUUGCUCCAGCCACUCAGAGGUUAAUGUGUGUGUUUCCUUGUUGCUAGGCGACCAGCUGUGCCUGUGACCAGCUCAUUUGAAGCAUCUUGCUUUUCUUCUCCCCAUGCUUUGUUUACUGCAUCACAUGGCAGCUUUUUCCUGCCAUCCUAUUACCAAGUAGUGCACUAUAUAGGGAAUAGGGCCCUGGUCUAUAGUAGUG